GUACAUUAUAACGCCUGCCCUCGAGGACGACUCACGUCGCACGCGCGUUAAUAAAAGUUGCGCUGAGAAGGUUGCGGCUUGAAAGAAGAACAUUAGCAGACUGAAAUGAGUUUCAGAAUUCAAGUUGCGUUUCUUCUUCUAGUUGGUACUCUUUUGGAAGCUGGUGUACCUAAAGGUUUCAUCCUUAACAAAGCAACUAAAAAUGCCUACAAAAUGAUGUAUCAAUCUGCAACUUGGCCGGUGGCAAGAGACACAUGCAAUGAUCUUGGGGCGCACUUAGCAGUACCUCGUUCACAGGACGAGUUCUUCUUUAUCCAGAAACUAGUCCGUGGCAUGCAUUACCCCAGCAUCAACGGAACAGAUAACAAAUUAGUGGUCUGGCUUGGAAUCAAUAAUUUAGAAGACUAUACAAUUUGGAGAAAUAUCUACGGUGAAGACAUAAAGGAGACUGGAUUUUCGACAUGGACUGGAGAUAACGGAAAGGGUUUUAGUAAUGCUCCAGAAGAGCCUCACUGUGGAGCAAUAGACGCUGCAAAUCCAGGACUACGAGAUUACUGGUGUCACAGAAGACAACCUUAUAUCUGCCAAAUUGACCUCAAGCUAAAUUAUCAAUAAAUAUUUUAAAAUAAAUUAUAUGAUUAAGUCUGUAUUUUAACAUGUGUUAUAUCCAAAUACUAAAGCUAGCAAUGUUAUAUUAUCCAUAAUAUUUCCAAAGACAUGCAAGUGUGUAGUUAUUAGAAUUGUAUACUGGCUAGAAACUAUACAAACUAAUAGUAUAAAAAAU